UCUGGUCGGAAGCUUCUCGCGUGCUUUGAGUACGAAUUAUGUGAAAAUAUGACGACGUAGAGUAUCAAGGUGGCAGCGGACGAUCACUUUGACAUGAGUUACGACAUUAUGUGGCAAUGGUAACCACUCGUUUGUGAAGCGCGACGUUACGUGCUCGUCAUGUCGCCACCUCUGCGUCGUUCCCGCGCGCGCGGCAAUAGAUCAUCGCGAGUGUCGAGUGAAACGCUAUUAGUCGUCGUGUGAUUAUAUCAGAUAUAAAACUCUCGACCGGGAAUGAGCUGUUAUCGUUCACGGCUAUCCGUUUAACGGACUCCGUUAUAUCUACGCGUGCAUUCGUUCGAACGGCUCUUGCCGUUGUUCGGGAGACGUGACGUAUCGGAGGCUCCCAUUCGGAGCCGCUUCCCCUUGUCCCGCCAUAUUUGUUGUGAUUUGCUUCUAGUCGGGUGCACGGUACUUUUCGCGUUCUUCAAGUGCUAAUUGUCUAUAAAUGCGAUGUCGAAAUUGACGCAUGUAAUCGUGAACAGUUGUCUCAACACGCGAGUUAAACAGCGUCGUAUUUAGAAAUCAUCGUGUUCGUCAUGCUCCUUUAUAACGAUGUCAGUACCUGUUACGUCGUAACAAUAAGUUCAACUUUCGCCUGCGUUUCGUACUUACGUUUGAUCGUGAUACAUUAUUCGCGCAAUAGGAGUACCGAAUAAGAAUCGGACAGUCGUUAUAAUUAAUAUGCGAUUAAGGAGAGCAGCGAAAGUUCAAUUAGAAGACUGACUCCUUGGAGCAACUCAGGGUUUCUGACAUCUUUUGCACUUAUCGAAAAUACAACACAUCCUGGAUAUUAUACAAAUUAAUAAAGUCAGUGAAUUUAAGAACGUGACAAGCUGAGUCUCUCCUGAGAAAUUCGGCGAUUCUUUUUCGUGACGUUGUUCAUCAUGAUGACUGGGAUUGAACAAAAUUUUUCGCACUUCAAUUCGAUUUUCUGGAGCGGAUCCGUGAUGGUCCGACGGUAACUACAACCGGUGAUAACGCCGAUCUCGAUAAACAUUGUGCAACUCAGAGUAGCAAUAUCCCAUCAUGGAGAGUAUUAUGCAGUCUAUGCAAGAAUGUAAUGCUAUUCGUUACACAUCUUAUAGGACCGCCGCAAAGAUGCAGAUAUUACAUAGGGAAUUGAACAUGACACAUGUACAACUGGAAUUAAUAGCAGGAGUGUUUGAACGUCAUAGACUUUCUAUUACUGAAAAUUGUGUCAAUUUAGACCCUAGUGAAAUCGAGGAUGUUCUAUCUGACAUCUAUUUUGCGGCGCAAAAAGAAAGUAAUUUCAAUUUUGACGUUGAGCUUGCCACCAAGCUUGCCACAAGUUAUAUUCUGAAUACUUUUGACAAGCAAAGUACUAGAAAUAUUUUAGUAUUUUCAGUAAAAGUUGCUUUGGUAUUGCUAAGCAGUGGUAAAUUACAAGAGAAAUAUGGAUAUUUAUAUCAACAGUUAGCCGAUCACAAUGCGUGUUUAUCCCGAGCUGGUUUGCACACUUUAUUAACAAAUAUCUGUAAAAUAACAGAAAUGCUGGGAGAAAGUAUAGCAUAUGGAUACGAACAAAUUCAGUCGCAUAUAGACGCCUGUUUUGUAAAGUCUCAAGGUGGUCUUGGGGUUACGGAAGCAGAAUUUGCAGCAUGGAUCAUGCAGGAACCUCCGUUACUCGUUUGGAUAACGACGUUCAAUCGAAUAAAAUCAGCAGAACACAUUAUACAUAACAUCAGAUGUUCCUCGUGUAAGGUUACACCAGUACAGGGGCCAAGAUAUACAUGUUUGAAAUGUACGGGGUAUCAUCAGUGCCAGGAAUGCUUUCUCUUAGGAAAAACAUCGAACAAGCACAAAUUAAAGCAUCCAAUUCGCGAAUAUUGCGUAAAAACUUCACAUCGCGAAAUUACGAAGCUGAUCCUUGAAUUGAUCAGAAAUAAAUUGAAAUUGUGUCCUACCAGAACGGUCACAAUGGAGGACUCGGUCGUAGACGCUGUCAGUAACGAAACCAGACGAACGGAUUACGGCUCAUUAAGAAGCACGGUUAAACGAAAAAUUCUGAGUGAUCCGCAAAAGGAAUUACAAAGUAUCAUAAUGCAUUUGGAGGAGGAAAAUCGACAAUUGCAAAUCGAGUUACUAGAUAUACAGGGCACCAAAGCAGAGAGGCUACAACGUCAUAGAGCGACUAUCGAAUCUCAAUUGCAGCGAUUGAAAAUGCUUAAGAAAUACUUAUUCACUGAUACGGUCCAAACCCCGCAAAUCAUUACUCGUAUGCAGAGCACUCCAAUGCUGCCACCCUUAUCAUCCAGAUUAACGGCCUUGCCUCUAGAAUUUGAGUUAAGUCCGAUUGUCAGGCAAGACAACACCAACCAACAAGAAUCUAAAUUACAACAUAGAAAGGAUAAAUUAAUGUUGGAUAGUUUUAAUACAUCGUCACCAAUAGAGCGUACGGCGGAGGAGACUAAUGCCAACGCUCUUCCUUGCGCCGAAGAGGCUUCUACGAGCACUGGAUUCGCUAAUAUACCAGAUAACAAUCGUAUAGAAUUAAGUACUUGGAUUGGAGGAACAAGAAGGAGAGAAUUGAGUCCAGCUGACAGUGGUUUCUCUCAGUGGUUGACUGCUGGCAAUUCGAACUGUAAGGAAAAUAAUUACGCGGCCAACGCGGCAAUUAGUAAUACAGAUAAUGACACGUCUCUGAUAGCGUCUCAGUCGCCCACUGGCAUUCAUAGAGAUAAUACGCCGUCCUCGCUGCAGCGCCCUGAUAAACACUCGCAGCACAGUAGUUUGCAAAAUAUUCAAGGAGAUCUUAAUGAUAUACUAGACAGACUGCAAAAUAUGGUUGCCAAUGAUUGCUUUGACGAAUCGUACGAUGGUAACGACAAUUGUAAGUUGAAACGUGCCACUACAGAAAUGGAAGAUCUAUUGACUGGCCUUAUUGAAGGCAUGGAAUCUCGUAAAAGUAAGCUCACUACUAUCGUCUGAAGAGAUGCAUUAAAUAUGAACUUAGUUAUCGUACGUUUAAAAAUUUUUAUACCGCACCGACUGACUUUUAUCUUACUUUGCAACUUUACUACAAUCUGAUUUGUUUUUUUAACCUUUGGAUCGGCUACAAAGAAAUGUAUUUCGUUUCACGGAUGAUGCGCAUAAUGCAUCAUUUAUUCUCGUUUAAUACUCAAUAACUACUAAGGAUAAGUGAUGCAUCAUGCGCAUUAUGAAACAGAAUACACUCAAAACGUGCCAUUUAACGUGACAUUAGUAUUAUCCAAAGAAAAUCAAUGCAUUAUCUAAUUAUCCUAAGCAAUAUGAAGAUUGCAUUCGAUAUUACGCUAAUCAAAUAGCUAAGUAUACUUGACGCUAAUUGCGAAAUGAUAACUAUCAUAUUUCAAAAAGUAUUUUUCCAUACUUUUACAUAUAUAUUUAUUGUAAUAUCUGUGCAAUCACGAAAGAAAAAUCUAUUUUGAAGAUUUUUAUUGAAAAUGUAAGAAAAAUGGAUAAGUUUUAUAUAGUUCUAUAUUCAAUAUGAACUCUUAAAGAAAGUUUUAAAUAGUCUUAAUUAGUUUACUCUGGAUAAUUAGAAAAUUACAAUGAAUCUCACUGUAUCGUGGGAAAUCAUUUGUAUGAUUGAACUCCGUCCAAUUAAAUCACUGUAACGAGUAAUUUUAUUAUCGCUAUUCGCACAUAUACAUAUGCGCCUUGUACAAGACAUUAUAAAAUAAGUGCCUUACAAUCUAUGUUUAAAAGUAAUGUAAGUCGUCAUAUCAAUUUUUUUACGACCCGACUAGAUAGUUGAUAUAUCGUGACGUUUUAUAAUAAUCUGUAUAAUCGAAAGUAGAAAAAUUUGUACGUGCGUAAUGCCAGCAUAUGAUACAAGAGUCUUUGAAAUUUAAUACUGAACAAAAAUAUAUCGGACAUUAACUACAUGUCCUUCUCUAGAUGUAGCGUAUCAGUUAGAUAGGUGAUUUUGAGGAACCUAGAGAAAUGCGUUUUCUCCGUUGGCCGAUUCACCGUCCAUGCCAUCACGCGGAUACCGCGAUCGCGCCACCGUUCUAUUACACGUCUGAAAUAAAAAUCGUGCAUACAUAUACUCAUUCUUAUGAAUAUGUAAACAUGAAAUCGUGAAAAAUCUAAUUUAAUUACUUACGGAUUUACUAUGUCCUUGUGCAAUAGCACAGCAGAAACGCCGACGAUGUAGUAAACAAAACGCGGUAGCAGCCAUUCGUACAAAAUUUCCAAGAUGCAAGCUGCCAAAUGUUUGAACGGGUUGUGAAAUCGUACCGGCCCGGGCGUUUCCAGACCGGCGUAUGACGCUCUCGAGAAAAAGUACGGCCUCCAAGCGAGACUCGAGACAAUACGCGGGUUUCUCUUCCUAAUCUAAAUAUAAAAUGAAUGAUAUAUUUAUAAUAAAUUCGAAAUAUUCAAUUUAAGCUAUUAAUCAACGUUUAACACGCACCAUGUAUACUACAAUAGGAUUAAAACUUGACACAACGCCCCUCUGGAAUAAUUUUGGGUAUUUCUCGUAUGCAUCCAAAACAACUUGCACAACAUCCAGCCGCGAUUCUUUUACGUCUAUAAUAAUUCUUUGCUCGCUGUCCAGACAUUCCUGCAGCGCGUCGUGUAACAGAGCAAUUCUCUCGCCUUCAGAAAAUUUGUUUCUUUGGCAAAACACAUAUACAAAAUAAUUUUUUUUCAUUAAACUACUCCAAUGAUAUAAGCAUGCAUUUUAUACAACAAAAUUACAGUUAUAUAUAUAAUCAUACUUAAGCGGGUGAUUAUAAGUUAUAUCAAAUUCCCUCAAUUCCUCCCAUGUCAUAUCACCAAUCUUUCCCAUCUGGCCAGUGAGUCUUUCGAUCGUUGGGUCAUGGAAUAUUAUUGGAAUGUUAUCCUUUGUUAGCCGUAAAUCAAGCUCCACUGCGGUACAGCCCUUUCUUUUGCUCUGUAAAAAGCGCAGAUAAUGCAGCGAGAAAUACAUUUCUAAAAAUGGACUUGUAUGUUUAGUCGCAAAAUAAAUAAAACUAUUACAUUUAAAACUA